GUUCUCGGGUUGAUAAUAUCUUUUUCUUCUCAUUGCCUUUCCACAUCUAAUCUAUCAUUCCCAAAUCCAACAAGAAACUUCAUUUUCCAUCCCAGAUCAUCGAUUCCCACAAUCACAAUGUCAGAACCCGAAGUGUCAAAAACAGACUGGAGUCUCUCCUCUGGCCACGGCUAUAUUCUCAACCGUGCUCGCACCCGCAACCAUAUCUCCUCCUGUCGACUAAAUCUACAGCAUUAUCUCUGGAAAGAAGCACUUGGAUUUAAUAUCCAUCCAUCCAUUUUUCCCCAUUUACCCAAAAAUGCCCAAAUUGCGGACGUGGCAACGGGCACGGCAACAUGGCUACUGGAUGUAGGAAGGGAAUUUCCGGACGGGAAACUCGUGGGGUUUGAUAAAGAUAUCAAGCAGGCGCCGCAUGAGAAAUGGUUGCCAGCAAACGCGGAGGUGAGGAGAUGGGAUAUUUUUGAAGAGGUGCCGGGGGAGUGGGUGGAAAUGUUUGAUUUUGUGCAUGUGAGAUUGCUGGUUUUGGUUUUGGAGGGGGAGAGUCAGAUUCGAGAAUUUGUGGGGAAAUUGAUGAGGAUGUUGAAGCCGGGUGGAUAUCUACAAUGGGAUGAACUAGAUUGCGUAAACAUGCAUGUCAAAACUGCCUCUUCUUCUACACAAGCCCCGGCUCUCAAACAGAUCCGCACUAUGUCCUGGGCAAACGGACGAUACGAUUGGACGCUCCGAAUCCCAUCUUUUCUUGAAGAUGCUGGAUUUGAGGAGAUGGAUAUGCAGAACUUUGGAGAUGAAGAUAGAUUGGUGAGAGCAUUUAAUGAGCAACAUUUGUUGACAAUGGAGGAAUUUGCGGAUAGUUUGAUGCGGAUUGGGAAAGGGAAGGCGGCAGAAAUGUGGUGGGAAUUGAUUGAAAGGGGAGAGAGAGAAGCAGAGGAGGGGAAUGCAUUGUGUAUCCCUAGGGUUGUUUGUAGGGGAAAGAAGCCGGUGGGGAGGUAAAUAAUUGUGAGUAUAAAUGGAGGCGCUGAGGACCUGGGUCAUCAGGCUCAAUGUAUUCUCAGUCAGCGGAUCUCGUUCUUGUUUGUCUCUCAAAUGUGUCUCUAAUAAGCUGUAUACUCAUCAGCCCGGGCCUUUAGCUGCUCCCAUUGACGACAUUUACGCAUUUGACCGAGACUACAUCUGGUUCUUUUUCGAAUCCUUCGCGUUGUGGGGUAUCCAGAUUUCACAUUGUAAUUUAGUUUAUAUUGGAGUACGUCUAAGUAGCGUAUGAGACAAAGAUACGGUAAACUCUGGCGUAUCAUUGUGGAACACUAUGUCUGGUAUUCGGAUGGCUUUUUGGUUGAUUCACGAGAUUUGCGAUUCUCCCAACGAGGCUUUCGGGAGAUGGAUACAUAAUGAAAUGUAUGUUUUCCUGGGCAGUUAUUGUAUGGAUCUCAUUUGACAAGUCUCAAGCAGUGCUCGCAAUGGGUACAAUGGGUAAGACGGCUGGGUCUGAAGAUAGAUAGCAUUCGAUAAUGUCCCACACAACCGCUUAAUUCCCCUAAUACUCAAGAAAUAUCA